ACUUUUAUUUCUAAAACAACGAGGAAGAACAAAAAGAAGAAGAAGAAAUAAAGAAGACUUUGAUUUUGAGAAACGCCAAACUGACUACAAACGCUUUUAACAGUAAUUGUCUUGUUGAGUAGGCUAACCCAAUUGAAUAUCCACAUGCAGAAACCCUUUAAAUUGUCAAUCUAUGCCACUACCCAAAUUUAUGGUGCAUUUCUCACUACUCAAUCAAAGCCAAUAUUAACCAGUCCUGUCCCAACUCAAGAAAACAUCACCCAUUUAAUCUUAGAACAAAAAUCCCCAACUGAAGUUCUUCAAACCUUUAAAUGGGCCACCAAACUUCCCAAUUUCACUCACAAUCAGUCCACAUACAGAGCUUUAAUCCACAAACUCUGUAUUUUUCGUCGUUUCGAUUAUGUCCACGAGUUGCUCGACGAAAUGUCUAGCUCAAUUGGAUUAACCCCAGAUGAAGAUAUUUUUGUUACUAUUGUACGUGGUCUUGGUCGUGCUGGAAUGAUUAAACAAGUUGUAAAAGUACCUGAAUUAGUGUUGAAAUUUGACAACAAACCAACUUUGAAGGUUUAUAAUUCGAUUCUUGAUGUUCUUGUUAAGGUGGAUAUUGAUAUUGCUAGAGAAUUUUAUAGGAAGAAAAUGAUGGGAUAUGGGAUUAAGGGUGAUGAUUAUACUUAUGGGAUUUUGAUGAAAGGACUUUGUUUGACUAAUAGGAUUGGUGAUGGUUUUAAGCUUCUUGAAGUGAUGAAAAAUAGUGGCGUUACGCCGAAUAGUGUGGUUUAUAAUACACUUAUGUAUGCACUUUGCAAGAAUGGGAAGGUAGGGAGAGCAAGGAGUUUGAUGAGAGAAAUGGUUGAACCGAGUGAUGUGACGUUUAAUAUUUUGAUAUCGGCGUAUUGUGGAGAGGGGAAUUUGGUACAGGCUUUGGUGAUGCUCGAAAAGAGCUUUAGUAAAGGGUUUGUUCUUGAUGUUAUUACAGUGACUAAAGUUGUGGAACUUCUUUGUAACCACGGACGUGCUUCUGAGGCCGUGGAGGUACUAGAAAGAGUUGAGGAAAGAGGAGGGGUUGUUGAUGUUGUGGCUUAUAACACAUUGAUUAACGGGUUUUGUAGAUUAGGGAAGGUGAAAGUUGGGUGUAAGCUUUUGAAGGAGAUGGAGUUGAAAGGGUGCCUGCCAAAUGCAGAUACGUAUAAUGGUUUGAUAUCUGGUCUUUGUGAAUCCAAGAUGUUGGAUUUGGCGCUUGAUAUGUUCAAUGAAAUGAAAAGGGUUGGGAUAAAUUGGAAUUUUGUCACGUACGAUACUCUUAUCAAUGGAUUGUGUUCGGGUGGGAGAAUGGAAGAUGGGUUGAAGAUCAUGGAAUUAAUGGAGGAUGAUAAAGGGGCUUUGAUGUUUCAUAUUAGUCCGUAUAAUGGUGUUUUAUAUGGUUUUUACAAGGAAAACCGUUUGGAAGAAGCACUUGCAUUUUUAAGAAAGAUGGAAAAUUUGUUUCCGCGAGCUGUGGAUAGGAGCGUAAGAAUACUUGGUUUCUGUGAAAAUGGUAGUAUUGAUGAAGCAAGGAGGGUCUACGAUCAGAUGGUUGGGGAAGGUGUUAUGCCAAGUGCUCUUGUUUAUGCAAACUUAAUUAUUGGAUAUUGUAGCAAAGGAUGUAUAAAAGAAGCAUUUGAGCUGAUGAACGAGAUGAUUGGACGUGGUUAUCUUCCUGUUGCAUCAACUUUAAAUGCUUUGAUAAUUCUGCUUUGCAAGCAGGGUAAAGUUGGAAAGGCAUCAAAGUUGAUGGAGGAUAUCAUAGGUAGAGGCUGCUUGCUGGACUGUGGAAGUUAUAGUCCAUUCAUUGAUGCCUUCUGUAGCAAUGGAGAUUUCCACAAAGCAUUUAUGUUCUUUCUGCAAAUGGUAGAAAAGGGUAUAGUUCCUGAUUACCAUUCAUGGAAUGCAUUACUUCUGUGCCUUUGUCAACAGAAAAGCUGGAUAGAAGGCAAUAACAAGAUUUGCCGUUUAACUAGCCAACUGCAGGCUAUUAUACAGACAUGAUUAUUCAAUAGAUAUGGGCUGUCUUGCGUUUAUCGUGACCUUAGCAAUGCUUUGGUAUUUUCUGAGGCAAAAUCCUGUUGAACUAAAUGCAUUUAAAUCGUCAAGAUGGAAGCAGCGGGUAGAUUUUUUCACCGCGUGUCCCUAGAUGCUAACAUUGACAAGAUGAAAUUUGACUCCUAUCACUUCAUCCAUGAUGUAGAAGGGAGAUAAAGAAGAUGUUCGUUAUGAAUUGAACACCAAACUGGUGCAACGACUUCAGAUGCUUGCCGUGAUAGAAUGUCUCGUCCAGCUUUGAAGUUUUCCUCCAGACAACCAUAGAUGAAGUAGAAGAAAAAGCUCAAAACCCAUACUUUUAAAACCAAUUUGCCAAAAUGCAAGGACUUGUUUGUUGUCAGACGAACUGUUCCUGAGAAUAUGUCAAAGUUGUUGCCAUUUUAUGUUGUAGAAGUUCCUAAGUGAUUCAGAGUUGAAGAUAGGUACUUAAUUUGCGGACAGUUAUUCUGUCAAAUUUUGCAUACUAAUUUUCUACCAAUAUUACAUGAUUAUGGAAUAAAUAUAGGAUGAAUUUAUGUGCGUAUUGCAGAGAACAAGCUUUUGAAAAUUUAUGUUACAAGAUUUCAUUGUAAACCCACAAUGUUAAGAUUUUUUCCCCUGAAAAAGUUAAGGAAUUGACUUUAUUAUACAAAUAAAACGAAAGAAAUUGUUGAUACUACCUCAAUAAUUUUCAAUUUUUUAAAAUAUGUUCUUUUCCAGUAUCUUCCUUUAGUUUUAUCGAUUUUGUUUUUCAAGUGCAUGCUUAACUGUAAAGAUGAUAUAUAAAGCUGUGUCUAUUUUGUUAAUCCUUUUCAUGAAUGAUGGAUCCUAAAUGACAGUAAUCAGAGAUAAUUCGGUUCAUGAAAGCUAAAAGCUAAAAUCAAGUUUUGUUGAUAAACUCUGCUUCAUAGUUGAGCAAUACAUUAAUAAGUACUUAAUAAAAUUCUCAACGUCCAUCAGCCAUGGUUUUAACCAGAUAGUUUUAUGGCAUCUAAUGUGAGUUUGAGGAUAUUUUUGGACUUUCAGAAUCACUCAACAGUGCCACUCUUUGUGCUGGAAAUGAUGUGUCCAUUGCAAUUUUCUUUCUUUGUCCAAAGAGUGCUCUGUGAGUUCUCUUCCAACUUUCAAGAACUCUUUCAUCUUGUCAACUGGGUGUCACAUCUUCAGAGUCCACAAUGUCGGACAAACUCAAGGCCUCCGGGGAGCCGUCGGUGACACAAGAGCUUGCUGUCAUGCGUGCUUCGAUGGAAUCAACCCAUCAGAUUUUGAUGGAUCUGGUUACACAAAUGGCUGAAAUCAGGGUUUGAACGCUCGAUGCCGACGAUUCUAAGGCGCGAGCCAUUGUUGAGAGAGAUGGCUAUCGAGGUCCACCAUCGGCUGCUCAUUAGCAUACUAACCACAAAUCAGCUCGAGUCGAAUUUGGGCAAUUCAAGGGAGAAAAUCCAGAGGCAUGGGUCUUUCAAGCUGAGAGGUAUUUUGAUUUCUAUGAGAUUGCUGAGAAUCACAAACUCUCGUUGGCUUCGUUUUAUUUGGAUGGAGAGGCGCUUGAGUGGUAUCGUUGGUUGUUUAGGAACAAGCAAUUUUGUGAUUGGCUUACGUUUACGGAGAAAUUAGACAGUAGAUUCCGCACGAGGCACCUCCAGAACAAUGGAAGAGGCCCUUCAGGUCUCAGGCAAGAUAUCCAGACCUCUGUUUUAAUUCACCAACCCAAAACAAUGGAAGAGGCCCUUCAGAUGGCCCAUCUGCACAAACAACGGAUAGCCCUGGAAAAAGGGCCGGUUCGACCCGCCUUUGCCCGAACCCAGCCUUUGUUACCCACCCCUUUGUUUACUUAAUGCCCUCUGCUGCACCAAAUGCUCCUAACCGCGUUCCCAUCAAACGCCUCACUCCGGCAGAGCUCCAUAGUCGCCGGGAGCGCGGCUUGCGCUACCAUUGCGAUGAGAAGUACUCCUCCACCCACAGAUGUAAGAACUCACCCCAGCUCUUGCUUCUAUCGGAUGAAUCAGAUAUUGCCCAACAAUUCCUGACAGUUAUUGCCCUGAGGAUGUCCUCCCUGAGGAACAGGAGCAUCCUGCUAUAUCCUACCAUGCACUAGCUGGGUGUUACUCACCCACAACCCUUCGCUUUACCGGACACAUACAUGGUUCGCCGGUGCAGGUUCUAAAGGAUGACGGCAGUACCCAUAAAUUCAUCCAAGCGAGGGUAGCCAAAUUUUUACAACUUUCAGUGGAGCCUAUUCCACCCUUUUCUGUUAUGGUGGGUAGUGGGCAACGAUUGCGGUGUGAAGGAGUGGUUCGACAGGUGACUUUGUCUGUGCAAGGGUGCGAUCUUGUGACAGAUUUCUAUGUUCUACUCCUACAUGGAUCUGAUCUAGUGCUUGGGGUUUCUUGGCUGGCCACACUGGGGCGCGUGGUAACUGAUUAUGGUUCUCGAAUCUUUCAGUUCAAUUACAAUGGAAAACAGUACUGUUGGCAUGGGGAGGAGCCAGCCGUAGAUGCUCAGCCUGUAUAAUUACACAGCCUUCGACGAUUAGCAGCAACGGGUGCUGUUGCUUCUUAUUACUGCUUGGUUGCUGAUAGCCCAGAUUCUGGGUCCACCAUACCACCAGCUAUGGAGGAUUUAUUAGCUUCCUUUGAAGAUGUAUUUCAGAAACCACAAGGACUUCCUUCCUCCAGACCUCAAGACGAUGCCAUACAUCUAAAUCCUGGUACAGGCCCUGUGAAUGUUAAGCCCUAUCGCUACCCUUACUUUCAGAAGCAGGUUAUGGAGCAGAUGGUGACGGAGAUGCUAAAGGAAGGGGUAAUUCGAGCCAGCACUAGUCCUUUUUCCUCUCCUGUCUUGCUGGUACGCAAAAAGGAUGGCACCUGGCGCUUUUCCAUAGACUAUAGAGCUUUGAAUGCCAUCACUGUGAGGGAUAGAUUUCCAAUUCCGACUAUCGAUGAGUUGUUUGACGAAUUAUACGGGGCCAAAUUCUUUUCCAAGUUGGACCUAUUGUCAGGAUAUCAUCAGAUUCGGGUCUGCCCCGAAGAUAUUGCCAAAACAGCCUUCCGAACUCAUGUCGGGCACUAUGAGUUCCUCAUGAUGCCUUUUGGAUUGUCAAACGCCCCUUCCACCUUCCAGGCUACUAUGAACUCAGUUUUCCAACCUUAUUUACGCCAGUUUGUGUUGGUUUUUUUUGACGACAUACAUUAGGAAUGAAGAUAUCUGGGAUAAGGUGGGAGUGGCAUCAGUGGAGGACAAGAUGCGGAAAGCGAGACUGAGAUGGUUUAGGCAUGUGAGGAGGAGAGACACAGAUGCCCCAGUGCGGAGGUGUGAGAGGUUAGCUAUGGAUGGUUUUAGAAGAGGUAGAGGAGGCCGAAGAAGUAUUGGGGAGAGGUGCUUAGACAGGACAUGGCGCCGUUCCAGCUUACCGAGGAUAUUACCUUAGAUAGUAGGUUAUGGAGGACUCAGAUUAGGGUAGAAGGCUAGUAGGUAGUCGCAGUUUUGAUCUAUAGUCUAUUGUCCUUUGAUUCUUGCUACUGUAUGUUGUUUCUUGUACUUCGAUUAUCUUAUUUAUCUGUGGUAGCUACUGCUUCCUUUUUUCAGACUGCUCUAUCAUGACUUUUUCGCUUUCUUUA